AUGAUGAAGCUCCUGACAAAACGGGGCGGCCAAGGAAAACAGCGAAUAUAUCCCUCCAAAAAGAUGAACCUGGAAAGCCUAAACUUCUUGGAUGAGACCAAUGGAACGUUCACUGAUGUUGACGCGUUCCUCUCGACUGCUACUGACGACGACGAUGGCCUGUCCUACUACUCAAAAAACAGCAAAAGCAGCGUCGAAAACCAAAUCGAAGGUGCGCAUGAGGACAACCCUGAGUUGACGCCUUCCUACGUGUUGCAUAGGCAUUCCGUUCUUGGGCGAGGUUCCUUUGGCCAAGUUUGCGUGGCGUCGAGAUGCCAACAAAACGCACCAUCCAAACAAGGAGCAUUCAAACUGUUCAACCUUCGACAGUCAGGUCACGAAGACGACAAGACACAUGGCACAACACUGGCGUGCAAGUGUCUCGUGCUGCCCAGCGAGACCAAGAAACUCGCGAAACUACUAAAGGAGGUCAAGAUUAUGCGCCAAGUCCAGGGCCACGAAAAUGUCAUUCAACUGCAUGAUGUCUACAUUGACAACCAAGAAUUGCUAGUCAUCACCGAAUUGGGAACUGGUGGAACGCUGCUUAACCUACUAAAGAAUAAGAAGGUGCACAAAGUGAAGGAGUUUUAUGCAGGUAAGACAAGGUUUUUGCGAGACAAUCACGCUGCUGCUGCUGCUGCUGCUGCUGCUGCUUCUAGAAUCUCAACAUCUGCCUCUCGUACUUGGACUGCUUCAGCCAAGACUAUUGCAGAGCUAUUGUCGGCGAUUGCGUUUCUACAUUCCCGCGGCAUCGUGCACAGAGAGUACGUUCGGAGGAACCGCGUGCGAUUGAAUCAUUCGAUUCAUCUCCUUGCAUUGCUUUGGUUUGAAACAUUUUCUCUCACCAAACUUAAUUUUCUUUUUGCCGGAUACACUAGCGUCAAGCUCGAAAACGUCGUUCUAUCCAGAAAGGACGUAUGGAGCCCACUCAAGUUGAUCGACUUUGGUUUGGCAACUCCAAUCGCUAAGGGCCAGAGGCUCACUCGAGUUGUUGGCUCUUACCAUUACAUUGCCCCGGAAUGUUUUCAGAAAUCAUACACCGAAGCCUGUGAUUCGUGGAGCUUGGGAGUUGUACUAUUUGCCCUCCUCGCGGGUGGUGUUCCGUUCCAUGGCAAGGACCAAGGGGCUAUCAAGCAUGCCGUUCUUCGUGGAUCCUACAACCUUCGAUCUCCGUCUUUUGACGAUGUCUCCAGAGAAGCGAAACAUUUGAUAAUGCGACUUUUGUGUUACAAUGCUCAGACUAGGAGCACUGCGAACCAAGCUCUGAGUCACCCUUGGUUAAAGUCGAACUGUGAUCCACGAGCCCUCCAACGGGCACUCCAGAGCGCUGACGGACAAGCCCCAGGAAAAUCCCAAGAGCAAGAUUGGAGCCAAGCUGUUUAUGCCACUUACUCUCGCAAAGUUUUCGUUCCUGUGCGAUGA